AUGUCGCAUGGCGAGGAUCCGAUCUUGCUGGUCCGGGACAGCUUCAAGCGCUACAUCGAGGCAGUGCUUCAGCACUUGACUGAGCUGCAGAGGCGCUGGCAUCCAUUCGGACCGCUGCCAGGUUGUGACUGCUCUGGACACCAGGUCGAGGAGCUUGCCGCACUCUGCCGGGAGUGCGGCCUCGCAUCUGCAAAGGCAAUGGUCGCUUGUGACAGGGUCCUCCGGCGGUUGCCACGAGCAGUCUCUUGCGAGGAGUCGCUGCAACCCUCCGUGAUCCAGCGGGUUGAAGAUCAGCCCAUAAGCAUCACAGAGGCCCCCCUAAAUCUUCCGGUGAGUGCCUGUGGAACUUGCGGAAGCACCGGCGUCCAGCGAGGAGUGCCGGACCUCCAGCAGCAGAUGGCCAAGCGCUUACAGCGUGCUUACCGUCGCUUCCAGCAACGUCGACGAAGACGAAAGCUGAUGGCUGGCAAGGCCCUGGCCGCUGUGCUCCUUCGAUGCCAGAGCAGUCGGUUGCAGCUACAAAUCAGACGUUGGCGGUCUGCUGCGGAGAGCAGGCGGGCAGCGGCUACCAUUGCGAGGGCUGCCCAAGGUUGGCUUGCUCGCCGUUGUGCCGCUCGAGCUGCGAAGCUCUUCCACGCGCUGCGCUCUGCUGAAAGGCAGCGGAGCUUCAGGCUGAUGCGAAAAAACUUCGCAACCUGGACCUGGAAGCUGGACUUUGACCGUCGGUGGAUGAAGCUCGAGGAAGGCUCGUCUCUAGCAUCUGUGGAUGUGGGUGAGAAGCAGCGUGACUUCUGGCAGCUGUUUCCCAGCGAUGGCAAGACUGCAGUCGCCAAGGCACAGUUAACGUGGUUCAAGAAGCGCGUGGUGUGGCUGGCAUGGGUGAAGGCUAUGCACACAGAGCAGAAAAAGGAGGUGCUGGGCACUGGCAGCACAAGUUAA